UAUUCAUUUUGUACAAUUUUAAAUUUUAAAUUUAUAAUUUUUUUUUCUUUGGUAUUAAUCAACGCAUAAUAAACAUCAAUCUUUUUUUUAAAUGGAUAAAUAUGAAAUAAAAUUAGAAAAAACAUUAUCCGGCCAUAUUGAACGUAUUUGGUGUGUACGUUGGCAUCCAAAUGGACGUUGGUUAGCUUCAUGUGGUGCUGAUCGUACGAUUAAAAUUUGGUCAAAAGAAGGUGAUGAAUGGAAAUGUCUUUCAACAUUAAAUGAUGGCCAUCAACGUACGAUUCGUUUUAUUGCAUGGUCACAUGAUGGUCGAUUUCUAGCAUCGGCCAGUUUUGAUGGUACCACUUGUAUUUGGCAUCAAAAAACAAAUGAAAAUGGUGAUGAUGAUAAUAAUGAACCAAUGGAAUGGACAGUAAUGGUUUCACUUGAAGGUCAUGAAAAUGAAGUUAAAGGAGUUGCAUGGUCACCUGAUGAUACAUUUCUGGCUACAUGUUCACGUGAUAAAUCUGUUUGGAUAUGGGAAAAAAUUGAAGUUGGUCGUGAAGCUGAUUGUGAUUUAAAUGAUCGUCCAAAUGAAGAAGCAUUUUUUGAAUGUUCAUCCGUACAAACUGAACAUAGUCAAGAUGUUAAAUGUGUUGUAUGGCAUCCAAAAUUAAAUAUUUUAUCAUCAAGUAGUUUUGAUAAUCAAAUUAAUCUUUAUUGUCAAAAUGAUGAUGAUUGGAAUUGUUAUACACAAUUAAAUCAACAUGAAUCGACUGUAUGGUCAGUUGCAUUCAAUCCGGAAGGUACACGUAUCGUAAGCGUUAGUGCUGAUGAAUCGAUAAAAAUAUGGCAACCAAAAAAUUAUAACGAUUUAAUUGAUGAACCAAAAUUAACUGCUAAACGUUAUUCUGAACUAACAAUUAAAUGGACCAUAAUAGCAUCAUUAAGUGGUUAUCAUCAUUGGCCAAUAUAUGAUGUUCAUUGGUCAUCGGUUGAAAAUUUAAUAUUAACUGCCGGUGCUGAUAAUUCAUUACGUGUAUUUAAACAAUUCCAAAAUGACCAAAAUGAUCCAUAUUCAUCGGUUAGAUUUCGACAAAUUCAAUUCAAAUCUGAAGCACAUGAACAAGAUAUUAAUUCUAUUCAUUGGAAUCCAUUAAUGAAAAAUAAUCAAUUAUUAUUUGCUUCUGGUUCGGAUGAUGGACUUGUUCAAUUAUGGUUGUUCGAACAACAACAACAACAACAACAAGAAUAAUUAUCUUGUACAGAUUUUUGAUAU